AUGUCCAACCUAAAGGACCUGUACGGCCAAUCUGGCGACAAGUCCCAGACCAGUAACUUUGGCGUCGACUUUGUCAUUCACUACAAGGUCCCUUCCUCAGAACGCGCCGAAGCUGAAGCCGGCUUCGUCCAGCUCAUCCAAGCCCUCACCACCGUCGGUCUAGCAACUGAAGUCCGCCACGGCGAAAGCGAAUCCCUUCUUGUUUUCGUCAAAGUCGCCUCUCCCGAUCUCUUCGCGAAACAAGUCUACCGUGCUCGUCUCGGAGACUGGCUCCAUGGCGUCCGGGUCUCAGCUCCCCAUAGCGAUGUCAACCAAGCUCUUGAAGAUGAGCCUGUUGUCGAGUCUGAGCGACUGCGCUUGAUUUAUCUUAUGAUCACCAAGCCUCGCGACGAAGGCGGCGCUGGAAUCACAACCUCCAACUCGAACUGGAAAUACGUCGAUUCGGUGUUUCCCCUGCACAGUCACAACUUCAACAAGAAAUGGAUUAAGAAGUGGAGCAGCAAGUCGACUCUGGAGCAGGCUGAUAUUGACGAGAUUCGAGACAAGUUUGGCGAGAGCGUUGCCUUCUAUUUCGCUUUCCUACGAUCUUACUUCCGCUGGCUCGUCUUUCCUGCCGGUUUCGGUUUUGUCGCAUGGCUUCUGCUUGGUCAAUUCUCAUUCAUCUAUGCCUUGCUCUGCGGCCUCUGGUCCGUUGUCUUUUUUGAGUACUGGAAGAAGAAGGAGAUCGACUUGGCUGUGCAGUGGGGUGUUCGCGGAGUAUCCAGCAUUCAACAGGCAAGACCUGAAUAUCAAUGGGAUCACGAGGCUGAGGACCCUGUCACUGGGGAAGUCGUCAAGGUUUACGAACCUAUGAAGCGCAUCAAGACUCAAUUGCUCCAGAUCCCUUUCGCACUGGCCUGUGUCAUUGCUUUAGGUACCCUGAUCGUUACCUGCAACUCUCUUGAGGUCUUCAUCAACGAAGUCUACAAUGGCCCUGGCAAACAGUAUUUGGCGUUCGUGCCGACUGUUUUCCUCGUUCUUGGUACUCCAACUAUCUCAGGUGUGCUUAUGAAAGCCGCUGAAAAAUUGAACUCUAUGGAGAACUAUGCCACUGUUGACGCCCAUGACGCUGCUCUCAUUCAGAAGCAGUUUGUCCUCAACUUCAUGACUUCAUACAUGGCUCUUUUCUUCACAGCCUUCGUCUAUAUUCCUUUUGGGCACGUCCUGGUUCCUUUCCUCGAGUUCUGGAGAAAGACAGCUCAAGUUGUCACUUUCAGCGACAAGCCAUUGCCAACAAGAGAUUUCCAGAUCAACCCAGCUCGAAUCAGCAAUCAGAUGUUCUAUUUCACCGUUACAGCCCAGGUUGUCAACUUUGUCACGGAAGUUGUUGUUCCCUACGUCAAGCGAGAGGCAUUCGAGAAAGCCAAGGCGCUCAACUCCAAGCCCAAGGUGCAAGAUGAUCACGAAGAGGAGGCAGAGUUCCUUGAGCGUGUGCGUAAGGAGUGCACACUUGAGGUGUACGAUGUCUCGGGAGACUACCGCGAGAUGGUAAUGCAGUUCGGUUACGUCGCCAUGUUCUCAGUCGCUUGGCCAUUGGCAGCUUUCUGUUAUCUUGUGAACAACUGGGUUGAGCUGAGGUCUGAUGCUCUCAAGAUCGCCAUCAGUAGCCGACGACCCAUUCCCUGGCGAACAGAUUCGAUCGGCCCCUGGUUGACUGCUCUCAGUUUCCUCUCAUGGCUCGGAAGCAUCACUAGCGCUGCUAUUGUGUACCUGUGCAGCGGUGCACGAGGUCAUGGUUCCCGUGGCACUCCAUCCCCUCUGAAGGCCUGGGGUCUGCUUCUGAGUAUUCUCCUUGCCGAGCACUUCUAUUUGAUCGUUCAGCUUGCAGUGCGAUAUGUACUUGGCAAGGUCGACAGCCCUGGUGUUCAGAAGGAGCGCAAGGAGAGAUUCAUGAUGAAGAGAAAGCUUCUCGAAGAGAACAUUGGCCAAGGUGCAUCUGAGAAAGCUUCUGUUCCAGGUAUCGACCACAGUGAAAAGAUCACUCGUGCCGCUCUAGAGGAGGAGGCCCGCCAAACAUCUAUCCGAGGUCACGGAACCCCAGAAGAGAUAUUCUGGCAACGUCAACGAGGCAUGAACGAGACUAUCGAUGUUGGGCGCAGGAUGAUUGAGCAGCAGAAGCUUGCUGCUCAGAAGAAUGGCCAGAGCAAGUCUCCCAUUCCAAGCAUGAAGGCUUCUUAA